AUGCCUCCCGAAGGUGAUGGCGCCGCACAGGGCGGGAACAACUCUAGUGACUUUGUUCGCAAGCUCUACAAGUUCGUCCACCCUGCCGUCCUUCUCACGAGGAUGGCCUCUCGGCGGCCGCUAACCAUCACAGGAUGCUCGAGGACCCUGCAUACGCGAACAUUACGGACAAGUUCACGAAGGAUAUCCUGCCCAAGCACUUUAAGUUUUGUGGUGGGGUCGAGCUUUGUACGCCAGCUGAAUAAAUAUGACUUUCACAAACUUCGACGAAACGACGAGAACAAUGAGUCGCCUUACGGCAAACAGGCCUGGGAAUUCAAGCAUGCUGCGUUUCGAGCGGACAGGAAAGACAACCUCGAUAACAUCAGGCGCAAGGCGCCCGCCCAACGCAAGGCCCAACCGACAGAAGACUCCUUCACUACCAACCAGUCCAUCAACCUGCUCCAGGAGACACUCUUCGCUCAACAGCAGCAGGUCCAAGCCCUGCAGGAGCAGUUUGUUGAGCUCUCACGCGCCAAUAAGACGCUCGUGCAUGAGGUUCACUCGCUGCAGAAGACCAUUGACGUACAGAGGCAGUCAACCCAUGAGCUUCUAAACUUCCUCUCCAGCCCUGACGAGCGAUGGCGCACCGGUAGGUAUCCGAACCAGGCUGCGGCCCACAUGAACGGCGGCACCAUGGAUGAGCAGGCGCCCGAGUUGCGCCGCGCCCGCGAGCUUCUGUCAACGGUGACGACAAACUCGAUGGUCGAACGCGACUUUGAGCGCCUCAACGGCAUGUACGCCCAGAGCUCGCCGCCCGACUCGGCGUCGUCCCUCAUGUUCCAGCCCGGCUCGAUGCCCCCCAUGAUGGCCGACCACGUCAACAUGCGUCAUCUCGUCUACCCUGUUGGCGAAAACGUCGGCAUCGAUCCCUUGUCGCAAGACCACUUCAACAACAUUCCGUACACCCUCAACUCGUUGCCGACCCUCACCAACGACUACCCGAACCAGACCAUGGUCAAGCAGGAGCCGGGCCCGGCAACGCCGAACCCACCAGGCGGUGCCACGCCGGCGCCGCCAGGCCCUGCUGGCAGGGCAGCACCACCGCAGGAUAACUCGCUGUGGGGGUCGAAGAAGCCGCGUGUCUACCUUGUCGAGGAUGAUAGGACGUGCUCGAGGAUAGGAGCUAAGUUCUUUGUCGCAGAUGGAGUGCCAGGUAGAGGUUGCGGUAUGGUACAGGGACUUCACAGCUGUUGUGUAGGAAGCAGGUUGCUGACUCUGUCCACCAGGAAAACGGUAUCGACGCUGUCAACAAGUGCAAAGGAGGUCGGUGCUGGGUAUUUCGAUCUGAUCUUCAUGGACAUUGUCAUGCCUCACAUGGACGGUGUCUCGGCAACGCAAUUGAUCCGUGAGGUGCACCCCGAUGUGCCCGUGGUCGCCAUGACGUCGAACAUUCGCCCGGAAGAUAUCAGUCACUAUUUCAACUGGAGUUUGAACGAUGUUUUGGCCAAGCCCUUUACCAAAGACGGCAUGCUGCGUAUCCUGCGAAAGCACGUCGCGCAUCUUAUGAAGAACGCGCCUCCAAUCGACGACAUACCUGUGGGUCCCGGCAGCGCGCAGAUGGGAACGAUGGGUCUGCCUCCCCAAGUCCGCGUCGACACGCCGAGCCAGUCUCCGGCGACGACGACCUCAUGGCACUCGCCUGGGCAGAUCCACCAGCAGUCACCCCACGUGGCCACGAUGGAGCCGGGAUACGCCAUGGGCAACCCGCAACAGAUGGUCAUCACGCCAACGUCCGCCCAGCGCGCGACAUUCCCGACGCAGGGCCUGCCGCCCCAGAUGCAGCAGCAGAUGCGUGUGCCGGACGGCAUGGCUGUCGAGGAUCGGCCAGAGAAACGACAGAGGCUAUACGGGCCUCAGGGAGGCUACGCUCAAUAA